CAGUCCAGGUCAAGAGUCAAGACUGGAGUAGUCACGAGGCAACUAUUCUGCUGAGAAGGUUGCAGUUGCAGCCGGCUUCAGUCCGCGAAACUCCUUACUCCCCUAUAUCGUUUGUCCCCAAAACCCCCAUUCCCCGCGCUUUCUCUCCUCUCGCCGGCGUUGAACACCUUUCGCUAUCCUCCCAUCGCCGGCGUCGAAAACCUAGAACUAUCGUCACUGCUAAAGUCUCAUCCUCUCUCUUCUCUUCCGUCUCUGGUACCGUCUUCCGGUGGUAACUAACAACCCUUCACAUUCUUCACAUCAAAUCAUCCACAUACCAAACCAUGUCCAUCGCUCUCCAUCGGAACCACCGUUACCUCCGCUUACCAUACCAACUAAUAACUAGUAUACGACACUACUCCCGGAUAUCGCCGCCGCGGCCCACCGGACCGGACCAAGUGAUUCGGGUGGUGAAUAAUAUAGCCCAAUUGGGAAGCCCGAAAGAGGGUCCUAAACCCCGUCAGCUUCUCUCUCUGCCUCCGUUCCCGUCCGACCCCUUGCCUGACAAAAGUUCGACGAAAUGCCUCAAUGGGAAUCAGCGUACCCGGGUCACUGCAAUCAGUUGGGUCAAGUAUUAUUUUGAUGAAGUUCAUGAUUCCGUUAUCCAAUCCCAUUUUAAUAAAGGCCUUGUGCAAAUAGAAUAUCCGAGUAUGAAAGGCUCAUCGAGCACCCAAGGGAAGAAAUCCAUAAGGAAGAUUAAGCACAACGAACCCAUGAAGGCAGGUGCGAAAAUUCAUGUACCUGUGUCAAUUGCUGAAAGUAGGAUUUCCAGGAGAUUUGAUCCUAUACCAUGUGGAACAUUGUAUCCAAAUGCUGAUGAAAUAGCUUACUUGCAGAGGCUUGUUAUGUACAAGGAUUCUGCUAUUAUUGUGCUUAACAAGCCUCCAAAAUUACCUGUGAAGGGGAAUUUGCCAAUUCAUAACAGCAUGGAUGCUCUAGCUGCUGCUGCAUUAUCUUAUGAUUACGAGGAGGGUCCUCAGUUGGUACAUCGUCUUGACAGAGAAAGUAGUGGUAUUCUCUUGAUGGGAAGGACAAAGGAGAGCACUUCUUAUCUUCAACAACUAUUCAGCAACAUGAAUGUGGCAAAAACAUCAUGUCUGGCCUGGAAUGAUGCAUGUGGAGCAACAUUCAUGAAAUAUUGGGCAUUAGUGAUUGGAUCUCCCAGAGAAAAGGAAGGUGUAAUAUGUGCUCCUCUCACGAAGGUGCUUCUCGAUGAUGGAAAAACCGAGAGGGUAAUGUUGGCUCAUCCAUCAGGUUUAGAAGCUUCUCAAGAAGCUAUGACUGAAUAUCGGGUACUUGGCCCUAUGAUAAAUGGGUGUUCAUGGAUUGAGCUACGCCCACAUACCAGCCGAAAACAUCAGCUGCGAGUCCACUGUGCUGAAGCUCUUGGCACACCUAUUGUGGGUGACUACAAGUAUGGUUGGUUUGUGCAUCAGAAGUGGAAGCAGACACCUCAAGUUAACAUCGAGCCAAUAAGUGGCGAGCCUUACAAGUUGCGGCGGCCAGACGGUUUGGAUGUCCAAAAAGGAAGUGUUCUAUCUAAAGUUCCAUUGUUACACCUCCAUUGCAGAGAGCUUGUUCUCCCUAAUGUUGCUAAGUUCCUCGGAGUUUUGGGACAGAAGUCUUCAGAUUAUCGUCCUAAGCUCAGUGAAAAGCCGAAUGUCCUCCGUGUUGUUGCAUCAAUGCCUUCCCACAUGAAAAUUAGUUGGAAUCUCAUGUCCUCUUAUUUGGUGUGAGUUAUGCUGCUCAUUCCAGUUUGUAUAGAAUGUUUAGACAGAAAUCCAAUCUGUAACAUUUUUUAAGGUCAAUGUAGUUGAAGUUAUCAUGAUCCACAGGUAUAAAAUUUGAGUACUUUGUGUGAAAUGGAUAAUCAUUAUGGUGUUGAUGAUUCAAAGGUAUAAAAAUUUGAGUACUUUGUGUGAAA